UUUGUUAGUUUGCAAAAUUCACCAAAUCCUAAUAAAAUUGUACCUUGAAAAAUGAAAGUGAAAUAAUUUUUUGUCAGUUUUAUUAAUCACCAAAACCGGUCAUCAAUACUAUUUACUCUUUGCUGGUGAUGUUAAUAAAUAAUUUUCAAAAUAAAUAAAAAUGCAGUGCUCCGUUCCUAAAGUAUUGCGAACAACCCCUCGGACAUUUGUUCCUAGGAAUAACCAAGUUAGAACUUUUUGGGAGUAUGUUAACAUGAUGUUUAAUAAACCAGAUCCUGAUCGAAUCAAACAACUUGGUCCAGAUCGAGCCUGUGCUGAAUGGGUAUUACGUAACGGUGGCAAAGUAAUAUGGGAAGGCGGCAAGAAAUUAGAUGAUUAUAACUCAUUACCACCAGAGGUUGGAUGUGAGAAGUUGAGUAACAUAAUCCUUCACAAUGCUGACUAUAUUGAUGACAGAGCUCUUAAAGGCCUCAGUUUUGGACAAAAUACAUUGACACAUCUUCAAGUGUCCAAAUGUGUGAAUGUCACCGAUGCUGGACUAAAAAGCUUGGUAUCACUUGAUAAAUUAGAAAUUUUACUUAUGUUCAACUUAAUGAGUGUUGAAAAUUUACAAGAAUGUAAGCAAUAUAUUCAAAAACAUUUGCCUAAAUGCAAAGUAACAGACUUGAAAGGUAUGCAACCAAAUAAUAAGUAGCACCUGCAAAGUAAUUUUGGAUUUUAUGUUGUUUUUUUUUGGUUUUCAGAUCCAACACCUCUGAAUGAUAAAUCACAGUAAAAAAAUAUGAUAAGAAAUAUAAUGUAUAUUUUAUAAUAUUGAAUAUAACUAAAACUAGUCAACUGUAAAUACAAAGUUGUAAUAUUGAGGUAGUAUUCUUACAAUAAAAAAUAUAAAUUAGUUUGUGACUCCUUUUCCAACAGCUUCAUUUACACUUUUAUAACCAUCCCGUUGCAGGAGUUCAGCUAAUUCAUUUUUUAUUUUUGACACAACUGGUGGGCCGUGGUAAAUCAAAGCUGUGUAUAUCUGAACUGCGCUUGCUCCAGCCAAUAUUUUAUCAUAGGCAUCUUGGCCAGUAAACACUCCUCCAACACCAAUGAUGGGCACUUUCCCUGAAAUUAAUUAAGAAUUAGGUACAACUGAACUCUAAUGACAAGAAAAUUCAAGACAAUAAAAUUGAACCCAGAUUGUUAUGAAUGUAUAAAUACCUUUAGUCAAUUUGUACAUUUGCUUAAUCAUUUCUGUUGAUUUAUUAGCUAAAGGUUUCCCACUCAAUCCUCCAGUUUCAUUUGAAAACUCAGUGUUCUGCAAUUGGUGCCUUUCAAUAGUAGUAUUCGAGAUUAUAAGACCAUCAACUUUGCUUUCAUUUUGCAAAAUUACUGAUACAAUCUCUUUCAUUUCAUUAUGACUUAGAUCUGGAGCAAGUUUCAAAAGUAAAGGAGGUUUAUUUUUUGAGUUUAUUGAGUUUCUAGCUUCAUUGAUGUUCUUCAGAAGUUGAUAUAAUUCCUCUUUCUUCUGCAAUGACCUGAGUCCUGGAGUGUUUGGGCUGUAAAGAUAAAUAAUUAAUACCUAUUGAAGAGUAAAAGAUUAUAAAUGACAAGAAUCUCUCAUGUGUAUGUAGGUACCUGCUUAUAUUUAUGACAAAAUAGUCUGCAACAUCAGAGAAUUUCUGUAUACCUAAAAUAUAAUCUUCAAUUGGAUUUUCUGAUAACUUAUUUUUGCCUAAAUUAAUUCCCAAUAAUCCUUUAUCCAACAAUGCCUUUUCUAUCAUUCCUAUUUUCUUAUAUACUUGCUCAUGCCCUUCACUAUUGAAACCAUAUCUGUUAAUAACUGCCUCAUCUUCAGGUAAUCGAAACACUCUAGGUUUAGGAUUCCCAGGUUGUGCUUUUGGUGUGACUGAUCCAAUUUCUACAAUGGAAAAACCUAAGUUUCUCAAGCCUAUAACAGCAUCACCAUGCUUGUCAAAACCUGCUGCAAUUCCAAGAGGAUUACUCAAAUCGUAAUUGAGGAAUUUUGUUUUCUGAAAAAUUUUAGAAAUUUUAAAAAUUUGUAAUCUGAACAUGUGAUGUGCAUCUUUACUCAGAACUUGAUUGUAAUUAUUUCCCUUACACUGAUUGUACUUACCAAAACUUGAGGAUCAUCACCUUUUUCUGGCGGGAAGAUUCCAUAUUUUAUAGCUUUAACUCCCAAAUUAUGAGCCAACUCUGGGCUAAGAUACUGAAUAACUGGUUGCAAAACAUUAACAUAGUAACCGUUAAAAUCUUUUGUAUAAUAAAUUAACUGGUAAGCUACAGCUCCGCCAAGAGUUACAGUACAUAAUGACUUGAGUUUACUCUGGAAAUAUACAACACAUAUAAAAAAAAAAUCAAUUUAAAAAAAAUACAAUAAUUGGUGAAUAUAGACACUCACAAUUGCUUGCUUUUUGCUCGCCAUUGUUGAUAAAUUAUAUAAUUAAAAUAGUAAUGUUAAGGUUAUCAGAUCAGUCACAAGUUCACAACUUUUUAUUCUUGAUUUACAUUCUUAUCCAUGCCACAGUGACUGUGUAGUCUCGUUCCAAAUAGUACCUAUCGAUAUUAGGUACUCAGUUUACUGAUUAUAUUCUUUGAAAAAUAAUUGGUAGGUACCUAUAUUUAUUAUUCUAGGCAAAGAGAAUAUAAGCACUAUGCAGGUAUAUGUACUACGUUUGAUUGUAGGUAGAAAAUAUGGAUCUAAG